AUGGAGCCCAUUAGCGGUGGCUCGACGCCUAUAUACACGCUUCCUUACGAGCUUCUCUUCACUGUCUUAGAAGUAUUCCCCUCGCGUGAGCUUUUGCCGUGGACCAAAGUCUCCUCUCGGUUCUACAACAUCAUCUGCCAUAUACUCAGCCGCCGGCUCUCGGCCAUACGGCAGCUGAAGGGGAACUAUACUCUUCGACUGGAUUGCCAUCUCCCUUCCAGAGUCGCACUGCAGGGUCGCACAAUAGGAACAUACCUUGAUACCAGGACAUUACCCCAUACCCCGAGCGAACACCCUGAAGAGCUCGAAGGACUGCUAUCUCUGGACCAUGUCUUCUCAAUUGGCGACCUGGGUGUCCUAAGGGAGCAAUACACUCGGUUCAAGGUAAUGCAGCAUUUUGAAUCGCGAAUUUCGCCGGAUUGGAAAGUCUUCACAGUAGACGACCAAGCCGAUGACGCUGGGAGAAUAGGGGGUAUCUUGAAUGAGAACAGAAUCAGUAAGGGGGGCUUCAAGGCUCAACGCAAAAACUCCAUAGGCAGCCAGGGUCGAGUUACACCCUUUAGACUCCUCGUGGAUUCAGCAGAACCUUUCUCGCAGGUCUGUGUGAGCGCUCAGCUUUUUGGUGACCGUCUGCCUUCCGGUGUUAAAGUCUCCAAGGGAGUUGUGCGGCUUCGGAGAGACUGGCUUGCUCAACAGCCCAUUUUGAAUGCACCACGACACUUCACUGACCCUUACGAAGGCGACUCUGAUUCAGACUACCAUCCACUCGACGAUGAAGACGACCACUGCCUGACUGAGCAGGAUGUUCGGUGGGUGGACCCAAACAUGAAUUCCGGACUAAGCUUGCAUAUUGGUAGUACUCGAGAGGUGGCUAGCUGCGGGUUCCUCCGUGGAGUUGCCAACCUAGCAGAGUCCAUAGUAUAUUACACAAUUGAGGUUGACGUUCGGUCGAGUACUUUGCUCUUUGCCUUGGAAGAGGCGGAGAAGAUAGCCUCUCAAGGGUCCCAACGACAGGAAACACUACUCCUACGAACAUUUCAUCCUCUCUAA